CCGCUCGCUAAUAACACUGAAUACAAACAAGUGCGAAGACAUAUUGGAUUAUCGAGACGUUUUAGCACGUUAGUAGAGAAGUGUGUCGAGAUGCAACCGCACGGCAACCUCACCAUGAGCUACCUGUGGCAGCCGGGCGAGCUCGCGCGCCGCAUGCUGGGGGAGCGGCCCUCGCCUGUGCCCCCCACCCGCGAGCUGUGGCCCCCACCCCGCGAGCGGCUCAGCAUCAGCACCUUGCACCUCGCCUAUCAGGACUCCCGCGACGAUCUCUACCCCCCGCGCGCCGCCACCCUGCCCCCGCAGCCCUACUCCCCCACCACCGUGCCCAUCGACUCGCCGCUCCCCCUGGACUACGACUACCGCCCGCGCCUCUGCUCCGUCGGCACCAACACCGACCCCCCGCCAACCUUCGCCAAGAGAAUAAAACGACUCUUCCGGAGAGACCGCACCGAGUACACCACGCGCGCUCCCCCGGCGAUGCAGCUGACCAUCAUACGCGGCAGCGAGGCGACCAACUUCGAGCCGGACACCGAAACCCCGGCGCGGCGAGCUCUCAACGGCAUCAAAAGGGCGGUCUCCAACGCCAAGUACAGGAUAGCCCCCGGCACCGAGGCCGCGGGCAGCCCCAAGAUAGUGUACGAGAUCCCCAAGCCGGGCGACCGGAUGCUCUCCGCGUUCGGCAAGCGCGAGCGGCGGAGGUGCUGCGCGCUGCCGUCCCGGGCGACGCUGGCGAGGAAGAUGGAGGCGCUCCGCUCCGUGUGUCGGCGGCGCCCGCGCAGCCCCCCGCACCGCCACCCUCAGCCCCUGCAGAUCACUCAGGUGAUAGCCCUGAUCUGCGGGCUGCUGGUGGUGGUCCUCAUGGUGCUGGGCCUGGCGUCGGCGGACUGGCUGAUGGCUGCCGGCUGGCGGCAGGGGCUGUUCAUGCACUGCAUCGACCCCGACGCGCCCACCCCGCUGCCCUUCGAUAUCACCGCGCAGCCGGGAUGCUAUGCCGCCAGACCAGCGCCCUAUAUCAAGGCGGCGGCGGGUCUGUGCGUGGCGACGCUGGCGGCGGACGUGUGCGGGGCGCUGCUGACCGGCCUGGGGCUGCGUUCCGCCGACCACCGCACCAAGUUCCGCUACUACCGGUUCGCCGUGCUCGCCAUGUCGCUGGCGUUGAUGUGCAUCCUAAUAGCCCUCGUGAUAUACCCCGUGUGCUUCGCCGCCGAACUUAACUUGGGCAACCGGUCGGUGUGGGAGUUCGGGUGGGCGUACGGCGUGGGCUGGGGCGCCGCCAUCUUCCUGUUCGGCGCCGUCGUGCUGCUGCUCUGCGACAAGGAGAGCGAGGAGCUCUACUACAAGGAGCGGAAAGUGGUGAGCGCGGAGGGCGGUGGGCGCCCCUAGGGCCGCGGGCGCCUGCCCGAUCUCGUGCCGUGAGCACGCCACUGAGCGGCCUCACGCCCGCACACGCUGACGCACCACCGCUACCACACACUACUAAACACCAAGCUGGUUCUUUUUUUGAAACUGGCGUCCAGCCAGAAUCAGUUUAUUUUUUAAUUUCUUAAAAAAGGACACUGGUUUCGAUAGUGCCAAUCCGGUUUUUUUUUUCAAAAGUUUUUGCCAAGUGCGACCAAGUGUGUGACUAGGGUAAUGCAGGGAUUCGCUCGGGUGUGAUUUCGCUGUUCACGACCAGAAUGCUCGCUAAACAAAUUUGAUUUCACCUGCUGGGCAGUAUCGUGUUUAGUUUUUUAGGUUAUGUUUUACGUAUUUUAGUGGGUUGCUUUAAUUAUGUACCUUAAGAUGUUGUGAUAGGGUGUGUUUUCGCUUACAAAACGUCGGGACAGACGUUGUUUCGGAAUCUCCGCUCGCAACGCGGGUGUCAAAAUUAAUCGUAAGUGAGUGACGAACGCCGCUCGGCCAUAUUUUUAGUUUUAAGUGCAGUUUAAGUGUUGUUUCGGUGCACGUUGAGUGCGCGCUGAGCUCCGUAAGAGCGGACCACAUUCACUACGGCCGUGUAUCGAUGUCCAUGCUACAUUCUAUUUGAAAUUCCAUAUAUUAUGUAAUUUAAAAAAUUGUAUCCGCCAUUUUGAUUACGUUCCUGAACUAAGACAAAAUGGCGGACGCACAAAAAUGGAUUAUUUUUUAGUAUUCAUAAUUCUAUGUAUUUUUUUCUCAUUCAACAAUUAUUUCAGACUGAAAACAAUGUAAUUGUCAAUUAAUAACGACUGAACUUUAGGAAUAUAGACUGAAGCGAUAAUCUGAAACGUUUUUACUCGGAACGAUACCGGCCGAUCCACGAGUACCUCGAAUGUAAUCCGUUCCAAAGAGCGUGGCUUUUUAUUUAUUCGCUUUAAAUUAUUUGGGUCCUAGUGGUUUGUAAAUACGUUUAGUGGAGUAGUUGUCGGUUGCGGCGCGGCGGCGUGUGCGCGUGGCGACGCGUGGCGAGUCUAGCGGCGGGCAGGCGUGUCUCACUGACCCGCGGACGGACUAUAUAGUGUUACUGCACAACUAGAUAUAGCGAGUGAGUGAGUGGCUAUGACUACGUUAAUGGAAUUCAUUGUACUGAGAGUUACCUUCGUAUGUACAAUUCGUGUAUUUUUAUUGUAUUUUUAAAAAGUAAUCGUAAGUGAUAUCUACGGAUCUGAUUUAUAAUUUUCCCGGGAAUUGAGGAAUGAAAUUGUUUUACACGAUUAUAUUUUUUAUAAUUUUUUGGGAUGUUUCUCAUAUUAUAUUCUCUAUAGAUUUGUAAUUACUAAUUAGUCAAUAUUCAGAUACGAGCAGAUUUAGUUUGCUAUUCGAUGUAACAAUAAGAUAUUAUUAUGUUUACCUAGGUCUAUACUCUGUAUUCUUCACUUGCAUGAGCCAGCCUUGCACUUUUUGUUAGGCUAGGAGUCCACAUGCAAAAAUGACGUCGCAACUUUAUGUUAAAUGUCUCUCUGUACUUUAUACUUACAGAAAAGUACAUCAUUAUCAAGACUAUAGUUCAUAGUGAAGAGAUGCGUCAAUAUUUGUAGUAUGUGUGUCUAAAAACAUGAAUUACAUCAUUAUUAAAAAUUAUUAAUAACUAAAUGGUUGAAAAGAGAGCCGUCGCUUUGUCAUUUAUUUCUUGUGCGGGCUCUACACUCGCGGCGCGAAAGGCCGCGAACCGCGAGUGUGGAGGGUUUCGCAGCUUCGUGUUUGCGCUUCGCG